CAGCCGGUAGUGAGCAUGGGGAAUACAAAUUCAAAAAGCAGCGGCAGAAGCAAUACAAUUCCAGCUCAUCCUGAGCUGUCUUUUUGUGGUUCCUUUUCAAGAAAAUGGAAUGAGAAUGUCUUUUUGGACAAUGAGCUCUUGACAUCCAAGAUCCUGUCUGUUCUCCGUCCACAUUCAGAGAGAGGUUUGAGAGCAGGCGAUCUGCAGUGUACGCCUCAUUUUCUGAGUACCAAUUCAAUUUUUGCCUCUCUAGCCGCUUCUUUGAAGGAGCAGCCCCGAGGUCUUCUCCUGGGACCGGAUGGCACCCCAGUAUUGUCGCGGAAUCUCGGUAUGACUAUCACCCAAAGAGGAAAUUCUCAAUCUUCACUGAAUACUGCUGGAGCUGUUAAUAAAUUUGGAUUAAUUUCAGGAGACAUGGAUGAAGGGGAUUCUGGAUUUAUAAAAUUUAAGCAAUCAUCAGAUGAUGUUGUAUCACUUGCACCUUCAACAUCAGACUCCAUUUUUCUGGAAGAUGUGUAUUCUGUGUCCCUCCGAAGUGAAAUAGAAACAGAUGCUCUUGAGUUUGAGGCAGAGUCUUGGAGUGUUGCAGUGGAACAGCCUUAUGCAAAAAGGCAAAAGAAAGAAGUUAUAAAAAGGCAAGAUGUCAUUUAUGAACUAAUGCAGACUGAAAUGCACCAUGUCAGAACACUGAAAAUUAUGCUGAAGGUGUACUCCAAAGCCAUGAGAGAGGAGCUGCAGUUCCCAAAUGCAGUCAUCAACAAACUUUUCCCUUGUGUGGAUGAGUUGCUGGAGAUGCAUGGGCAAUUCCUGCUUCAAUUAAAGGAGCGGCGAAGGGAGUCCUUGGAAGAAGGCAGUGACCGAAAUUAUAUUAUCCAGAACAUUGGGGACAUCUUGGUAAAGCAGUUUUCAGGUGAAAAUGGGGAGAGAAUGAAAGAAAAAUAUGGUGUGUUCUGUUGUGGUCACAAUGAAGCUGUUAGUCACUACAAAGACCUUCUCCAAAGCAAUAAGAAGUUCCAAAACUUAAUAAAGAAAAUAGGCAACUAUUCCAUUGUGAGGAGACUUGGUGUUCAGGAGUGUAUCCUUCUAGUUACACAGCGGAUCACCAAAUACCCGGUGUUGGUGGAACGUAUUAUUCAGAAUACUGAAGCUGGGACUAAAGAUUACGAAGAGCUGACACAGUCUCUCAGCUUAAUUAAGGACACGAUCACUCAUGUGGAUGCCAUGGUAAAUGAGUGUGAGAAAGGGCAGCGCCUUAAAGAGAUUAUGCAUAAAAUGGAGCUAAAAUCAUCUGGGAAAUGCAAGAAUGGGCUUUUCUUCCGGAAGGACGACAUGGGGCAGAGGCGGCUUUUGCUGGAUGGGAUGCUGUACUGGAAAGCCGCAUCAGGGCGACUCAAAGAUAUUCUGGCAGUCCUGUUAACUGAUGUACUUUUGCUAUUACAAGAAAAGGACCAAAAAUAUGUAUUUGCAUCAGUGGACUCUAAACCACCAGUUAUCUCAUUGCAAAAGUUAAUUGUAAGAGAGGUAGCUAAUGAGGAAAAAGCAAUGUUCUUAAUUAGUGCUUCCUUAAAAGGACCAGAAAUGUAUGAAAUUCAUACAAGCUCAAAAGAAGAGAGGAAUUCCUGGAUGGCUCACAUUCGCAGAGCUGUAGAAAGCUGUCCUGAUGAAGAGGGAGGAACUUUUAAUGAACCUGAAGCAGAAAGGAGGCUGGCUGAAGCAAGAGCCGCUAAGUUGAAAGAUUUUCAGGAGCGUCUGAACAUGAAAGAUGACCUGAUUGUGCAAAGUCUGACUGAGAAGCAACAGAUUUAUCUAGAAAUGUCUGAAAUGAAUGGAUUUGAAGACCAUUCACAGGGAGUCCGAUCUAGACUACUUCUUCGGGGGGAUAUCUCAGAGAACCUGCAAGGAGAGGUGAUUUUGAAGUCUGCAGUGACAGAAGCUGAAAAUCUCCAAAACCUCAUCUUCACUCAUUUGGGCAGUGGAGCCUGUCAGCCUGAAGAUAGCUGUGGGUCAGCAUUCCCCAAGAGAGCAGAGACCUUUGGAGGAUAUGACAGCAGCCCCUCAAUUUCAAAUAAAAAUGAUAGUUUUAGGAAGAACAGUGGUGGUGAGCAGAGAGAGUGGGACUGGAGAGGCCCUGCAGUAAAUUCAGAUGUGCAGCUCCACGACCUCCCUUUUGAUACAGAAGAAGGAUCUCAAACCAGUGAUACAACAAGGCUGGGUGACAGCAGUAGUUUGCAGCCCACUAUAGAGUCUGAGCUUGUCCGAAGGAUACAAACACUGUUACGGUUACUCUUCAGUCUACAGGCAGUGAUCUCUCAGCAGGACAGCUAUAUUGAGAUGCAACGAGCCACAAUGAUAGACCGAGAGAAGCAAUAUCGGCUGCAGUCUACGCGAGGUAACCUACUGCUAGAGCAGGAGAAGCAACGUAACUUUGAAAAACAGAGAGAAGAACUGAUGAAUGUACAGAAACUUCAGAACCAGCUGAAGCUGGAGCAGCAGCGCUGGGAACGGGAAAGAAGUCGGCAGCAGAGGGAAUUUGAAAGCACAGAAGCCCGGCUUCAGGAGCACGAAGAGGAGAUUCGGCAGCUAAAAGAUAGGUUGAAUCAGGAGAAGGAAGAGCUAGAGAGGCAGCGAGAGGCCUAUCAGCAUGAUCUAGAGAGGCUGCGGGAAGCUCAGAGGGCAGUUGAGAAAGAGAGAGAGCGUCUAGAUCAGCUACGGAAGCUGAAGAAACAGAACACAGUAUCAGGCACGUGCUCCCCAGAAUUAGGACAGAUGCUGAGCCAUUCCAUUAGCUUCAAUGGAGAAGGGAUAGAACCAUCUCUGCCAGUCUUGAAAACCUCUGGGAGAGUGAGCGUCUCUGGGAUGGAUUACUUGGAACGGACGGAGCUGGUUCGUAGGGACAGUACUACCAUGGAGAAUCGUCCAGUUCUUGCGCUGAAGAAUGAAGUGCCAAUACAUCUCCUGAGUGCAACUAAUCAGAUACAGAAACCAGCUGCAGUUCAGCAGCAGAUUCCUACUAAGCUUGCCACUUUUACAAAAGGAAGCAAAGAGAAAGGUGGGAAGAACAAGGCAUCUCAUAGGACCGACAGUUCAGCAUCUGUUGAUCAGAAACAGCUGAUUCCCCCCAGGCUUGUUGGACGAGAGGAGGGUGUCUUGAGAGGCAGGCGAUCAGCAAGUCCAGUCCUCCCAAGCAGCCAGACCACUGCAUUCCAGCCAGAAUUGUAUGGCCCUACUGAUGCUCAGCCAGAAGCACUUUCAUCUGCCUCAGCAAACUUAUUCAAGCCCAACAAUGUUUCUGUCCAGACCCUGGUGGCCUCUCAGCCAGCUCUGUUAAAUGUGCAAGAUGAUACCAGCAAAGAAGAUGUGAUUUUCUUCUGAUUGUUUCCAUUUGAAGAUUAGUUUUUUGACAUACUGUUUCAAGAACUCAGGCCCAAGUGUUCAACAUGACAGAGACCUGAUGUGGAUGGCUUUUCAUCCCUGCCCCAUUAAUACUAGCAAAGACCAGACCAGGAUUACUGUUUUACUUUGUUGGCUUCUCUGCCAGCAGCUCAGAAUGAGGACACAGUAGUAAUAACUUGCUUUUAAUUUCUCCAAACAUGGAAAUAUAUUGAUAUAUGGCAAGGAUAUAUAAAUUCAGAGCAUAUUAAAAUGCUGCUAUUUACUGUAAUUUACUCUUUGGUGAAUCUGUGCUCUUUGUGGGCACCAUCUUGUGAAGUAAACUGUUUUAAUUGAUGUUGAACCUCCCAGAUUUUUUAUGUAAAAACAUUUUAGUAGUAGGCCCCAAAUGUUGGCUGAGAAUUUUUAAAUGCAUUAUUACGGAUACAUGGUCAGUGUAAUGGGUUAUGCUAACUGUGUUUCAGUGACUAAUUGACUAGCAAGCCAGUCUUCUUACAGCCAGGCGUGGCAACCAUUGUGAUACCUGCUCACAGGAGCCAGACUAGCAACUCUAUUCCUUUAGAGAUUCAGUGGAGCACAUGUUUGAUGGCCAGGCACAGUGGAAGAGAGAAGGUAAGCUUCUUAAGUGAUCAAGGGUCAGGAGCUUCACCUGCUUGUGGAUGUGAAGGGUUGGACAUGUGAAAAUAUACGACAGUAAUGAAGAGUUGGACCAAAUGCACAUUUCUUUGGCCAUCAACUUGCACUAGGGAAUAACUAUGUCCUUAGAUACAUACUGUGAGUAGUUCUCCAUGUUAACGAGAGCAGUGCAGAUUCCCAAUCAAAAGUGUUGAGUUGGUUCAGAAUGAACUUAGAGACUUGCAUUUUACUUCUCACUGAAGACAUAGGAAGUGUUUGAAUGCAGUAAUUUAUUGUCUUGCUUAAUCCUAAGUUUUCUGCGUCUCUUGUUUGUCAGCCAGCUUGAUGAGACAUUAUUCCACGUAUCAGAAGAUAAUAAGGCUGCUGUUACUGCAGAGACUUCUCUGCAACACUGUCAGGAAUGAAGGGAAUAAGAACUGUUUCUUAAAAAUGUACCAUUGGCUAAAACUCCAUUGGUUUAGCUGCUUAAAGCUAAGCCAGCUUGAACACCUCUUAUUAAAUAGGUCAGUUCUUAAUCAUGAAAUGGUGAUGGUAUUAACGUAGUUCUGUUCAAAAGGCUUUGUGCCCCUUUGUAGUAAUCUGUACGGUCAUCUGGUGUAUAUUAUUUCCGUGUCUCCGUUUUUAUUAGACAGUUCACCUAAGGACAUGUAUUACAAGGUGAGCAGUCAGAUACGUUGUACACAGAAGAGGUUAUGUAGAAGGGGAUUGUUAUAGAUUUAGAGAAAUCAGUAUCUCGGUGCUUAAAAACUUGAGUUAAUACCUUUAAGAAUGUGACGGAUAAUAGUUUUGUCGUAUCUUGAUUUAAAGUGAUUAUAGCACAGAUGAAUGGAAUGCCUGAUCAGUUUUCCAUUCUGUUGUAUGCUAAUGGCACUGAAUGGCAAUUCAGCAGUUUCUUUUCAAAUCAUUGACUCUGUCUCAGUGGUUAGGGCCUAUGUGACAUUAGUAAUGUUCUUUAACACAGUAGCUUCACUUUGAUUGAAGAUUUUAAAAUUAGCUCAGUAGCUACCAUGCGAGAAACAUUAUACAUUUCAGCAGAAAAUCUGAAGUUUGUUUCCAGCUGGUGACAAUUUGGGUUGUUAUCUCCAGACAAAAAACGGAAAAAUCCAAAUUUAUUGAUUGGUGUGAGAGGAAAAAUAUAAGUGAUGAAAUACUGAUUCUGUCUUACAGAGCAAGCACUCCUUCUGCAGUACUUCUUGGAUUUAAUGAUCAUUUCUUUAGGAACUGAUAUUGGUGUAAACCUGAAGCAAUGCUGUUGAGUUUAAUAGAGUUGCAAGGUUAUGAAUGAGAGGAGACUCCAAACCAUCUGACUUGUUACUAGAACAAAUUAUCACUAUUAAAUACGAUAGACUUCAUUAUAAUACCAAAGUAUUGCUUGGUAAAUCAUCAGUCAUGCAGAACUGGUGCGGAUUAUCAAUGGUUAAAUUUGCAAAAUACAAUAUGGUCGCUAUUAGGAACGUAGUGAUUUUUGUGUUGAUAUGAUGUUGAUGAUAGUUAGAACAUAGUUCUACAUUGUAUUCAUUUCUGCAUUCCUAAAUGUUAGGUUGAAGUGGAGGAGAAUUUUUCUUAAAUGAAAAAUCAGUUCUGAUGAAGCCAGCAUGCAAGAUCCAACAGCUUUAUAAGAAUGAUUUUUCAGUCUGCUGAUGUCAAGGCUCCAGUCAUCUGUGCUACCAUGUAUUUUCUUCCAUAAACACACAGUGAAACAGCAGGAAUGCACAAUAUGUUCUUGCCUUUAUGCUGUGGUUUGGGCCACUCCUAGUGAAAAUACUGUGUCCCAUUUCCUUUGAUUACCAGGUUUUGGGGAGUUGUAGCAUGAAGUUAAGUUGAAUGAGGGGAAGUAGCUCAUGUCCUGAGCCUCAGCCAAGAAGCGAGGUCUGCAUUCGCUGUUUGGAGGAUUUAAAACAAUUUUUAGAGAUGUUUCUUUGGUUUAAUUUUGUGUCUGUCUCAAAGUGUGAGAGAAAUGUGUAUGGACUGAAGAGGUUUGUUUGGCUGCCUUUUUUUUUCCUUUGCACAGUGAACAAAGUCAGAGAACGAACAGUGACAUCUGGAAAAUAUUAUGUCUGCAGUGAGGUCUAAUUUCUUUUAGUAUGUUUGAACUUAAAUAUAACUGUUUUAAUCCUUGUUGUCAGCAGUGAUCUAAAUAUGUUGUUAUGACUGUUAGCAAAUGGACGUAGGAUGCUUACAAGCUAGGCUGGUGGUUCAACAUCACAAAACCUCCUUGGAAUAUGAAUCUUAAUUCUGUAACUGAGAAAUUACCUUUUAAGUGACUGUCUGUCCUCAGUAUACAUGUCUAGCUGCAGCUAGUGCUAUGACAGCUGUUUUCACCUUGAGUUGAGACUGGAUCUUCAUCUGCUCAUAGUUCCGUGGGUCAAAAUCAUUAUGUGCCAUACUGGGUAUUAAUGUGGUUUCCUGGGCAGUACCCAGCAAGGGAGAGACUUUAGAAUUAGCAAAUGCUGUAAUAUCUCAUUUUAGUGCAACGACAGACCAGAGUAUGGUAAAAGUAUUUGUAGAAAAUGGAGGGAACCAAGUGAAAGAUAUUAUUUAAAUGAAAAAUGUUUCAUCUCUCCACUUUCGCAAAGUUUAAUCUGUCAGAUUGUCAUUAAAUCACUCUAGAUGAGUGAGCUAGUUUUGGAUUCUUAACUCUCAUUUGAAGCAAAGUUAUUUUUUGAAGCAGAUUAGAUUACAAAAUACUGCUGUGUCCUGGGCUAAGUGACCUGCUUUUGAUUCCAUUGGACGUUUUGGUUACUUAAAAUAAAAGUUUGCUUUUAACUGAUGUCAAAGGAUUAGACAGUUCAAAAUUCUGUGCCUCCGAUGUGCUUUUUGGCUUUUUUGCUGAACUGGGGUAUGGAGGAAAUUAGAGCACAAGCUUUGAACUGCAUUUUUCUUUGCUUUGUGUCACCGCCUUAAAAUUAUGAUCAUAUUUGUAUUCAAUAUUGUGAUGUUGAAAUGUAGAGACUGUGGUUUUGAUCUUCAAUUUUCAACUCUGGUGUAAAGGUUGUUUCCUCUAUUUCUUCCCAUUCAAACUAUGGUCAUUUUGUAUUUUGGACUGAAGGAAUGUCCAUAUUCACUAGUAUUGAGCACAUCUGCCCUGUGUGUAUUGUAAAUGCUCUCCUAGUUUUUAAAUGUACUAUCUGUGGAUUGUCGUUGUGGCAUGUUCCACAAAUUGAAAUUACUAAUCAUUUCCCAGUGUGAGGCAGAAGAAUUGGUAUUUCUAGAGAUGCUUGCUCACCAAGGUAAUAGCAUUCCUGCAAAUGUAGGAGUAAUUCUAAAUAAUUUGCUGGCAAUUUUGUCGUUCUGCGUAGUAGUCAGAUGAUCCUGCUUUCAUGGAACUAGGUGUUUGCCAUUUGCAUUUACAAUGACAGUCAGAAUUUAGAAUAGCCAAGGGUUAAAAACACGUGUAGUUUAACUUCUACAUUCAAUCCUUCAGAGUGGGAGCUAAGGCUCCCCUGGUGCUGCUCAGUGGUAUCCCUGUGUGUUGUGCCCCUGUGCAAGGGAACUUGGAGCGUUUUGUUGUCUUCCCCAGCAGUUCUCACAUGUGCAAGAAAAAUCUUCUUGGCGCCAGGUUACGUAUUUGCUCUCCUUGCAUAACCUUGUUGAGCAAGUAAAAGAAAAGCCUUCCCCCACCUCUUCAAGGCCAGACCCAACAUCUUUGUGACCACUGACGGCUCUUCAUCAUUUACCAUCAGCGUGUUAUACGUCCAAUACCACUUGUGCCAUGUUUAUAAAUCAGUGUUUUAUAUUUUUGUACUGAAAGAAAUUGGAGCACUUUAGAAAAGUUUAUUUCAAAUUCCAUUUCUGUUUGUACCUGGAAGGAAAUCUUUCAUGAAAGGAAAUCGUGUUGGUGUAGUUGUGUGCAUCUCACUCAGAGCUGUGAACUCUCUUGAUGCUGUUUAGUCCUAGGUCUGGUUUCUAGGCCCACUUUGCACUGUAAAGAUUUAAUAAAUAAUCAUGGUUCAUGGUUAAAUUGAGCAUUUUUGGGGGGAAGCGUUUUGUUUUUUCUUAGGAUGUAAACAUUGUAAAUAGUUCCUUACUGUUGAUACUCAGUAGCAGCGUCUUUGUAGUCCUUAUUUUAUUUGUAAAGUUGAUGGUUAAAUGUUAAUAUUCUGUUGAAUUGUGCACUCUUGAUUAAUUGUAAACUUGAUCUUAGCACACCAAAUGAUGAUUUUUACAAUGAUUGCAAUGUUUCUCUACUGAAGGAUUUCAGAGCUGCAAUAGGACUGAAACCAACUUCUAGCAAUAAAAAAAAAAGUUAAAAACUGA